AUGACCACUUCCAAUCCUUCCUUUGUGGCUCGGCGAUAUCUGAUGCUAUGGACGUCGAUAAUAGCGGGCUGUCUGUUGAUUCAGCAGUGUGAAGCUUCCUAUGUCGUCAAAGUGGAACCUUACGACGAACAGUGUUUCUACAUUGCUCCAUCGACACAUUCCACGAUUUAUGGCGAUUUUGAGAUGCUAGAGGACGGUCUGAGCCCCAAGCCAAUAUCAGUAUUAGUAACUGAUGCCCAAGAUAGCCGAACUCUGUAUCGAAGUCGGACUAAUGUUCGUAAGGGAAGUUUCAAAGUAGAGGCCAAUCCCAGAGAGAAAAUUUACAUUUGCGUUCAAAAUGGGUUGGUAGCAGCCGGCAACAAGAACAUUCAACGCAAAGGCAAGACGAAAUCUGACGGGUUACCACGACUUGUGGGAUUGGAUAUUAGUGUGGAAGAAAGGGAUCUGCAUGAUGAAAUUCAUCAAACGCACUCCAAGAUCUUGAGCAAAGCUGUAAUGUUGUCCAAAGAGCUGACCAAACUCAAGAAUCACCACGAGUACAUGAGAGCCAGAGAAGCAAAACAUCGAGAGACUGUGGAACACACUUUUUCCAAGCUACUGGGCUGGGCAUUGGCACAGGCUUCGGGUGUUAUUUUAAUUGCAGUGGGUCAAAUCCUGUAUUUGAAACGGUUCUUGGAGCGAAGGCGCUAUAUGUAG